AUGGCGGCAUUCCGGUUUGGCCGUUUGAGGUCGCUCCUCCUUGCGAUGGGUGCCAUCUUCCUGAUUUCGACCUUCUAUCUGUAUUGGACUCCGGCACCAGCAUCCAUGAUCCCCAGCACUGCUUUCGAAGUCCCUCUCACAGAGCGCCAGAUUGCCUUUUGGAAAGUCCUCAAACCUAUCCUAGAGAAAAAUACCCCGAAAUGUCCUCCCCCCACCCGCCGAGCCGAUGCCCCUGCCAUGCACUUCAACCCCAACGCCACCGACCCGCGACUCGAUCUGAUCCUCCUCAAAGAGAACGACCGAAAGGCGAUGGAAGAAGCACAUGCAAGCUAUCUCCAGGAUAUACGAGACGCGAAACGCCUGCGACCGCCGCAUACAACCGGGACCCGAGGCCUGGUCACGACGGCCGGGAAGUCCUACCUCCCACUGGUGGUUUCGUCCUUGCGGAUGCUGCGCCGGACAGGAUCCACUUUGCCCGCGGAGGUAUACAUGAAGGAUGCGAGUGAAUAUGAGAAGAAAAUAUGCGAAAAUGUUCUUCCCAGCCUGGAUGCUCGGUGCCUGGUCCUUUCGGAAAUCGUUGGAAAAGAGCCCAUUGCGCAUUAUCAGCUGAAGGCGUUCGCAGUCCUCUUCUCGUCGUUCGAAGAGAUCAUCUGGAUGGAUGCCGACUGCUUUCCGCUCCACAAACCUGAAGAAUUGUUUGAGGUGGAGCCCUUCAAGUCGAACGGCCUGGUCACUUGGCCUGAUUUCUGGGCCUCGACUGCCUCGCCAGCUUACUUUGAACUCUCGCACCAGCCGAUUCCACCUAUGUCGGUCCGACAGUCGUCCGAGACCGGUAUCUUCAUGGUCUCCAAGAAGACAAACUACAUCACACUCCUUCUCGCUGCCUACUACAACUACUACGGACCGUCGCAUUACUUUCGAUUACUGUCACAGGGCGCACCGGGAGAAGGAGACAAGGAGACAUUCCUACAGGCAGCCGCUGCAGUGGGAGAGCCCUUCUACGCUGUCAGCGAGAGAGUGCAAGCUUUGGGUCACUGGAAGCCAGAUAAUCAGGGGCUCUCCGGCUCGGCUAUGGCGCAGGCUGAUCCGAGGGAGGACUAUGCCCUGACUAGUCAGGAUAAGUGGCGGGUACGAGAUCCCUCUGUGGGGAAACCGCCGCGGGUCUUCUUCAUCCACGCGCAUUACCCCAAGUUCAACCCGGCGGAGAACCUUUUCGGGUCGAAAUGGGAGACGGCCCCGACGCUUAAAGCAGAUGGCUCAGAGGGGCGUGCGUGGACUGCGCCCGAAGAUGUUGUCAGCCGGUUCGGAUACGAUGCCGAAAAGAAUUAUUGGGAGGAAAUCAAGUGGCUCAGCUGUGAUCCAAAGACGGAGUUCCGGACCUGGGAAACCAAAGCGCAGGUUUGCCAGCAAGUGGAGAGUUACUGGCAACAUGUUUUUGCGGAACCACACCCGGAUGACCCCAAAUUUACCGAUGAAGCUUGA